UUUUGUGUUGUUUAUAUAUAAGGGUUGGAUGUCACACGUGUGUGUAUUCGGUGCACGUGUGAGUAUGUUUCUAUAAAAGAAUAGGAAUUUAUGGAGAACAGAGAUACAGUGGUACUGUAGCAGCACAUACGAUGAAGAUGCGCGCCAGUGCCACUCCCAUGCUGACUCUCACAGUCCCAACCUCUCUUUCUCCUUCGCUCCUUUUCUUCCAUCGAAGAAAGCCCUCUUUUCUCUUCUCCAACCCUAAGCCCUUUCUCUUUCUUCUUCACCACUCUUCUACUGUUUCAUCUUCUUCUUCUUCUUCUUCCUUCCGACUCCGUUGUUCCUCCUCCACUUCCCAUUCCCAAUCUAUAUCGGAAUCAGAAUCGGAGGAUGGUGUUUGCAUAGAGAUCCAGAAACUUCCCAACAACUCACGCAGAAUACUCUCCUCCGUCGCCAUUAACGCUUCUCUCCUAGCUGUGUGGAAUGUCUUGACUGAUUACGAAGGAUUGGCCGAUUUCAUUCCCGGUCUUGCUAUUAGCCAGUUGCUUGAUAGAGGACCUGAUUAUGCACGACUCUUUCAGGUGGGUGAGCAGAACUUGGCCCUUGGCCUUAAAUUCAAUGCUAAAGGGGUUGUUGACUGUUAUGAGAAGCCACUUGAAACCCUUCCCUCUGCCCAGAAGCGUGAGAUUGAGUUUAACAUGGUAGACGGAGACUUCCAGCUCUUCCAAGGAAAAUGGUCAAUUCUACAACAUGAUAGUGGAGGAGAGGAUCAAGAAAUGAAUACAACUCUUUCAUAUUUGGUUGAUGUACAGCCAAAGCUUUGGUUGCCUGUACAGCUUGUUGAGGGAAGACUUUCCAAUGAGAUAAAGGUGAACCUUGCCUGCAUCAGAGAAGAAGCAGAGAAAGCAUUUAGCAAUACUACGCGCUCUCUUUGAUGUCAUCUCAAAUUGUUUUCUAUUCCCUCGAUCACUAUUGUUUACUGAAUUCUAAAAUCAGUAACAAAAUUAUAAUGUGCAUCUUUCUCAAGUAUGUUAGCUGAGUCCAUAAAUUAUCCUGCUUGCAAUGAAACUCCAAUUGGGUUUCAGCUUAUGAUGCUCUUUUCCUUUCAAGAAGGGCGUGCUCAUAGUUUGUUAUUGGAAUGUCCUUAAGUUGAGUUGUGGAGGAGUGAAAGUGGUGUCAGCUGCAGACUGUAACGGCUCCGCAUUCUCAGGAUGCCUUAGUGUUCAUAUUAACCGAGAGAAGCAAAAAGGUUAGUUGAUUCAUCUUUUGUUAGUUAUAUUUGUAAAGCAAUGACUAUAUAUGGCUAAGAUCCUGGACUAGACCUAUAAUAAAAGGCAGACCAGAACCAGGUUUUUCACUAUAUCACUUUGAGAUUAUUCCUCAUAAUAAAAAAUAUAAUGUAAUUACUUACUACUUUAAAAUUAAAAAACGAAUCGAUAGGAAAGUUCUAAUUUCAUUUCAGUUAGAUUCCUAUUAACCCCAUUGGUUGUUUUACUAAAGAUCAGGUUGAUAGGUACGUUCAAAUUCUUGUGACGUUUAGUAUUCCCCUUGUUCAUUAUACUUUUUCUUAGCUGUAUUUUCUUCUGUUGAAUUAAAACUCUAGUCAAGUAUGAGUAGUCAGUCUCAUGGUUUCUCUCAUUAGAUUCAAUGUUCAAUUUUGCGUGGGGCGCAUACGCUAGCAAAUGGCAUUCUUUUUCCUUCUCUUUAUUUGGUGCAGCAGGAAAAAAAUAUAAAAUAAUUUGACACUUGUAAUAGAUGAAGUUAUAAUGGUCAAACUAUAAGAAAUAUACUCCUCUGCUUACGCCCUCUCUUUGAUUGGUUUUUGAA